CUGCUGCACACAAGUGUUGAUAGUGUAGAGAAAAGGUUGAUUGGAUCAGGUGGUGUGAUUUUUGAUCGCUGCAAGGACUUUACCCUCCUAUCUCUCGAUAUACCUUCAGCAGAGGACUGUAUUAAUGUUGCUAACUCGAUAGAACAACUGUCCAAUAUAGAUGAUGUAACAUUAAAGUAUCCGUUUUUUUAUCGCCCAUCAUUUGAAAUUCUUGAGGAUGGUUGGCAGGCUUUUAAACUUGAGUCAGAAUGGAGCCGGUACAAGGAAUGUGCUGAGGAGUGGAGAAUUACAACAGUUAAUUCUGAUUAUAAACUCUGUUUAACAUAUCCAAAGUCAAUGUUUGUGCCAAAAUCAAUCACAGAUGAAAUGUUGGUGAAGAUAUCUCAGUUCCGGCAAGGUGGACGGUUUCCUGUGCUCAGUUAUUACCACAGAGAUAGCAAGGCAGUGUUAAUGCGGUGUAGUCAGCCACUAACAGGGACGAGUGGUAAAAGAUGUAAAGAAGACGAGAGGCUAGUUAAUGCUGUGCUCGGUAUAGGGAAGCGUGGUUAUAUUAUAGAUACAAGAUCGCAAGGCCUUGUGAAACAGGAACAGAAAACUGGUGGAGGGUACGAGCCCGAGGCCCAUUAUUCUCAGUGGAAGAGAAUCAAUCAGUCAAUAGAGAGGCGUCAUGUCUUCCAUGAGUCUGUCAUCAAACUGAAUGAAGCAUGUUCGGACACAGGGGCCAGCCAGGAUAAAUGGUUGUCUAAGCUAGAGUCCAGUAACUGGUUAUCACAUGUAAAGGAUAUCAUCACAUGUGCAUGUCUCGUGGCCCAAUGUAUUGAUAAAGACUCCGCAUGUGUGUUGGUACAUGGGUCAGAAGGUUUAGACACGACACUACAAGUUACGUCGUUAGCACAGCUUCUUCUUGACCAUGAUUGUAGAACUUUUACAGGAUUUGAAGCCUUGAUUGAAAGAGAAUGGCUUCAGGCUGGACAUCCCUUUGCUGACCGAUGUGCUAAGUCUGCUAAUGCAAUAACUAAAUAUAGACAAGAGUCUCCUGUCUUCUUGCUAUUUUUAGAUUGUGUAUGGCAGAUCUGGCAACAGUUUCCAUGUUCUUUUGAGUUCAGUGAAGAUUUUCUUAUACUUCUGUUUGAGCAUGCAUACUCAUCCCAGUUUGGUAAGUUCAGUGAUUUAUUAUCAUAUGAAAUUAUAAUUGAAUUACAUUGUUAGUAUUUUAUCAAAUUA